ACCGAGGAGGUGGAGCUGGCCAAGCGCCGCAUCGACGAGAUCAACAAGGAGCUGAACCAGGUGAUGGAGCAGCUCGGGGACGCGCGCAUCGACCGCCAGGAGAGCAGCCGGCAGCAGCGCAAGGCCGAGAUCAUGGACAGCAUCAAACGCCUCUACCCCGGCUCCGUGUACGGCCGCCUGAUCGACCUGUGCCAGCCCACGCAGAAGAAGUACCAGAUCGCGGUGACGAAGGUUCUGGGGAAGAACAUGGACGCCAUCAUCGUGGACUCGGAGAAGACGGGCCGGGACUGCAUCCAGUACAUCAAAGAGCAGCGGGGCGAGCCCGAGACCUUCCUGCCGCUGGAUUAUCUGGAGACCCCCGAAUUUUUGGGAUUUGAGGUCAAACCGACGGACGAGAAGCUGCAGGAGCUGCAUGGGUUGUUCUGA